AUGAGUUUUUAUGGACCACCAAACUACACAGUUUAUAAUUCUACAAAUGUUUGCUUAUACUCAGUGCCAGAAGGAUGGAGAACAUUUAAUGUACCACCGGAAGUUGAAAUAAUUCGUCCAAACGCUUUUUCGAAAGCAUCAAACACAUUAUUGCGAGUUUUAUUUGUUCAAAGUUCAUUAACUAAGAUCAGACAUUCCGCAUUUUGUAAUUGUUCUCGUUUAUUAUGGCUUAAUUUCUCACUAUGCUCUAAUUUAAGAGAGAUUGGCAAAAAUGCCUUUUAUGGAUGCAGUUCACUCUCAUACUUAGUAUUACCACUAUCAAUACAAUCCGUUAAAGACUACGCUUUUUCACAAUGUAAAUCAUUGACAACUUUAUUCAUCGAUAACUCAUCAGAAUUGAACUACAUUGGCAAACGAGCAUUCGAAAAUACAGCCAUAACUACAUUCUUCAUAACAAACAAUCUCAAAUUCAUCGGUGACAACGCAUUUUAUGAUUCUAAGAUGAAAAAUUUCGAAUUAAAUAAAUGGCAUAAAUAUUACACUAAUCAUAGUGGAGCAUUAUAUACAAAGGACCUAAAAACGCUCGUACAUUAUCCAAAAGAGCUAAUCUCAGAUCAAUUUAAUUUUACUAAAGAAACAGAGAACGUUCAACAGUUUGCUUUCAUCAAUAUCAACAGUAUUAACAAGAUCAAGCUCUCUCCUUCAAUAAAAGAACUGAAAAACGGAACAUUCGCUAAUUCUCACAUCCAAUCAUUUGAUUUUACAUCUGCCAUCAAUUUAGAGUCAAUUGGACCAAACUGUUUUUAUAAAAACGAUAGAAUUCAAACAAUAAAUUUAGAAUCCAAUAAUAAACUGAAAACAAUAGGUGAAUAUUCAUUUUAUGGUUGUUCAUCAUUAAAACACGUAAAAUUAUCCACUUCUGUUGAAAAAAUUUCAGAUUUUUCAUUUACCAACUGUAUUUGUUUAGAAAAUGUUGAAUUUCCAAAGGAAUGUGAGCUGCAACAUAUCGGAAAAUGUAGUUUUAACAACACAAACAUCUCAAUUUUUUUACAUUUCAAAUAA